AUGAUCAAGCGCGCCCUUGAUGCUGGCGCCCAUGGAAUCAUGACUCCAAUGUGCCACUCUGCAGAGGAUGCGGCCAAGGUCGUUAGCUACUGCAAGUACCCACCUGUGGGAAGCCGAGGAUUCGGACCCAUGUUUGCGCCACACGCAUUCCCCGGCGUAAAGCCAGAGGACUAUAACGAGAAGACACACAACGAUAUCCUUGUGGUUGUACAGAUUGAAUCUCGACCUGGAGUUGAGAAUGUAGAGAAGAUUGCCGCUGUUGAGGGUCUGGAUGUGCUUUUCAUUGGACCAUUCGAUCUCGCCAAGCAGAUGCGUGUCACCCACGGUGGCGAAGAGCAUGAAGCUGCUAUCCAGCGUAUCCUGGACGCGGCGCGGUCGGCAGGAAAGAAGGCUGCUAUCUUCUGUUCCGGUGGUGAUGAUGCGCUUCGUCGUACCCAGCAAGGCUUUGAUAUGGUUUCGAUUAACACCGAUGUUGCUGUAUUUGGGGACGGCAUGCUGCGCGAAUUGGCACUGGCCAAGGGCGACUCCAAGCCUGAACAAGGGAAGGGAGGUUACUAA